GGCGGGGCGCCGGCCGUGUUGUCAAUGUCGGCUUUGCGCACGCAGCCCUUCCGGAGCCGGUGCCGGUCCGCGAGCCCCCACGUCUCUGCAGAAGAGUCCCCGCCCGGGUCCAGAAGGGCCCACGCCGUGGGAGGAGUCGGGCGCUGGCAGGCGACUAACCCAGGUCGGACUGCCGGACCAACUGAGGAGGGACCCGGAUCACGCAGAGAGGGACCCCGGCGCUGCGAGCCCCCAGGACUCCUCUCAUCGAUCUGUGGCAUCCACUAGUUCCGGACACCCAUCCCCGCAGAGCCCCCAAGCCCGCGCUCUCAGCCCCGGGGGAGCCCGCCCCCGCCCCGCGGCCCGCCCGGGCCAUGCUCCCCCGGGGCAGCGGCUGAGCCCGUGCCGGGGCCCGGACCGGAGCCCGUGCGGAGCAUGGAUCCGGGCUGGGGGCAGCAGGACGUGGGCUGGGCGGCCCUGCUGAUCCUCUUCGCCGCCUCGCUGCUCACGGUGUUUGGCUGGCUGCUACAGUAUGCCCGGGGCUUGUGGCUGGCACGGGCCCGCGGGGGCCGGGGGCCGGGACCCGCCUUAGCUGCCGAGCCCGCGGGCUCCCUUCGGGAGCUGGGCGUGUGGCGCUCGCUGCUGCGGCUGCGGCCGACUCGGGCUGGUGCCCCCGAGGAGCCAGGCGUCCGGGGCCUCCUGGCGUCGCUCUUCGCCUUCAAGUCUUUCCGAGAGAACUGGCAACGGGCUUGGGUGCGAGCGCUGAACGAGCAGGCCUGCAGGGACGGGAGUUCCAUCCAAAUCGCCUUUGAGGAGGUGCCCCAACUCCCACCCAGAGCCAGCAUUAGUCAUGUGACCUGCGUAGACCAAUCAGAGCGCACCAUGGUGCUGCAUUGCCAGCUCUCUGCUGAGGAGGUGAUGUUCCCAGUCUCCGUGACCCAGCAGUCCCCCGCUGCCGUCUCCAUGGAGACCUACCACGUCACUCUGACACUGCCACCGACACAGUUGGAAGUCAGCCUGGAGGAAAUCCCUGAUGAGGGGCUGCUUGUGUCCUGGGCCUUCACUGAUCGUCCAGAUCUCAGCCUGACGGUGCUUCCCAAGCUGCAGGCCAGGGAGAGAGGCGAGGAGGAAGUAGAGCUCUCCACCAUUGAGGAAUUGAUUGAGGAUGCCAUUGUCAGCACUCAGCCAGCCAUGAUGGUCAACCUCAGGGCUUGCUCUGCCCCUGGAGGCCUGGUACCCAGUGAGAAGCCACCCACGGUGCCCCAGGCACAGCCAGCCAUCUCCAGACCUAUCCGGUUAUUCCUACGGCAGCUUCGAGCAUCUCACCUGGGAGGUGAUUUGGAAGGCACUGGGGAGCUAUGCUGUGUAGCUGAGCUCGACAACCCUGCACAACAGAAGUGGACCAAGCCCACAAGUGCCGGUCCCGACGUGGAGUGGACUGACGACCUGGCACUGGAUCUGGGCCCCCAGAGUCGGGAGCUGACCCUCAAAGUGCUGAGGAACAGCAGCUCUGGAGACACUGAACUCUUGGGCCAGGUCACGCUGCCUGUGGGCUCCCCUUCCAGACCGCUGUCCCGAAGACAGGUAUGCCCGCUCACCCUAGGGCCGGGGAAAGCCCUGGGACCAGCGGCCACCAUCGCAGUGGAGCUUCAGUAUGAGGAGGGCUCCCCCCGGAACCUAGGUACACCUGCUCCCUCCACUCCACGCCCCAGCAUCACUCCCACCAAGAAGAUCGAGCUGGACCGGACCAUCAUGCCUGAUGGCACCAUCGUGACCACAGUCACCACCGUCCAGUCCCGGCCUCGUGUAGAAGGGAAACUAGACUCCCCCUCCCGCUCCCCGUCCAAGGUGGAGGUGACCGAGAAGACUACGACUGUGCUGAGUGAGAGCAGCGGCCCCAGCAGUGCCUCCCACAGCAGCAGCCCAGGGGAGAGCCACCUUUCCAACGGCUUGGACCCUGUAGCAGAGACAGCGAUUCGCCAGCUGACGGAGCCCAGCGGGCGGGCAGCCAAAAAGACACCCACCAAGCGUAGCACUCUCAUCAUCUCUGGCGUUUCCAAGGUGCCCAUCGCUCAGGACGAGUUGGCACUGUCUCUGGGCUAUGCGGCAUCCCUGGAGGCCUCAAUGCAGGAUGAUGCAGGAACCAGUGGAGGUCCCUCCUCACCUCCCCCAGACCCACCGGCCAUGUCUCCAGGACCCCUAGAUCCCCUCUCCAGCCCCACGAGCGUCCAGGAAGCAGAUGAGACAACACGUUCGGACAUUUCUGAGAGGCCAUCUGUGGAUGAUGUUGAGUCAGAAACAGGGUCUACUGGCGCCCUGGAGACCCGCAGCCUCAAGGAUCACAAAGUGAGCUUCCUGCGCAGUGGCACGAAGCUUAUCUUCCGCCGGAGGCCUCGACAGAAGGAAGCUGGUCUGAGCCAAUCACACGACGACCUCUCCAACACGACGGCCACACCCAGUGUCCGAAAGAAGGCUGGCAGCUUUUCUCGCCGCCUUAUCAAGCGCUUUUCCUUCAAAUCCAAACCCAAGGCCAAUGGCAACCCCAGCCCCCAGCUCUGAGGGCCCUCCUCACCUUUUGAGCGAGGAGAGGGCAGGAGUCCUCUCAGCCCACCCUCCACAUCCUCUUCCAUUCCCCUUCCUGGAUUCCCAACAGCCUGGGCCAGGGAAGCCCUCUGGGUUCCAGGAAGCCCUGUCCACCCUGGGCUGUGGGGCCAGUUGGAAGGGUACUUACAACGGGAAGCAUGAGAGAGGCGGGCACCUGUUGCUGAGAACACAGAAAAGGGAGUGGGUGGCUGGGAGCAAGAGGAGGGCUCUGCCCCUGCACUUGUGGGCACUCCUCGGAACCGGUUGUGCUGUCGACAUUGGCCCCUCAGAGGACUCCCAGGGUGCUCAGCUCCUCAGCUGGUCCUUCCUCCCCUAUUUAUUCUCUUUUCUAUUUAUAUGUGUGGUCCAGGACCCUCAGUGCACAGACGAGAGAGGGCAUCUCUCCCAGGUGACCCUUCUUUCCUGUCCCAGGAAGGUAGGCAAUUCCCUUUGGGACAGGACUCCCACGUCUCCCUCAGGUCCCCACUCUGACCAGCACCAGUGUCUGCCUCCGAGGACAUUGGCAGCUCACAGAAAGCCGGGCCGGUGCCCGGGAUGGGGGGCAGGUACUCCCCACCUCCCUGCCUCCCCUCCUGCUCCUCGUCCCUCCCUCCCUUUAUUACCGUUUUUGUACUUGAUGCCUUCUCUGUGAGCAGUGGCUCUGUUGGAAGGAGGGAGCCCCGAGCUGGGUGGGAGCCUUCCCCAGAGCGAUGGCUCCAGGGGCUUUACUAAAGACUGAUGAUGAUGGAGCGAGAGCAGGGCUGCACCCUCCGCGUGUUGGGAGAUGAUGAUGUCCAUUGCUGUGUGAUGGCUUGGAAUUUAAUUUAUUAAAUUAAAGUCAAAUUGGAGUUUAUAAACUGGACCACUGGUUAUCCUUUGAAAGGUGAGUGGGCAGCGAGGCUGUGGGAUGGGUGGGGUGAGAGGGUCAGAGACGGGGGCCCAGACGGUGAGGUGGAGGAGGCGACCCACGUGUUGGGGCUGCUAAGAAGUUCCCGUGGGGAAGAAGGGACCUAGAGAGGAUGAGGAUGUGGAGGGUGGGCUGAGAGGACCUAGAGAGGUUGAGGGAACGGGCCUUUGAGGGAUGAUACUGUAGCAAAAGAAGUCCAUCAGAGAAGAAAAAAUCAAUUAGGACAGGCAUCUUCACUCCCCUUUCUUGAAUAGGCUGUUGCUUCCCUGAUAGAACAGAAUCCUAGGCAGGGACUCUGGCUCUAGAACUGCCUAGAUUUGAAUCUCAGCUGCUGUAAUUACCUGCGUGACCCUGGGCAAGUUACGUUACCGCAGAAUGCCUCAGUUUUUUCAUCUGUGAAAUGGGAACCGUGAUAGUAGCUAUGGCUUGGAUGUGGCUGGGAAGCAAAUGCGUCGAGCGCUCACAGUUCUGCUGGCAUAUGGUCGGUGCUGAAUAAGUGUAACUGUUGCCUCAGAAGAGACAGAUUGGGAGGGGGAAGUCUCAUAAGGGUUUCAUCACAAUGAAAAGUCUUUCAUUCCUAAGUGUGGGCAAGGUUCAGGGAGCUAGGGAUACUAGCAAAAUCUACACCCCUGGUCCCUGUUCUCCGGGACCUUCCACAGGACUUGACCUGGGUAAGCUGCUACAGGGUGUCAGACAGAGCCCUGGACCAGGGACAGAAAGCCUGAGUGUGCCACAGACACACCAAGUGACCUUGGGACAGACCACUUCUCCUUUCUGGAACUCCGCUUCCUCAUCUCUAAAAUGAGGAGUGGCCUAGAUAACCAUUCAGGUCACCUCCAGCCUCACCAUUCUGACCUACAUCACUGGGGGGUUAGGGCACAUGCCUUUGGGUAGGCAGCACGGGACUGGCGAUAUUCCCCACGUUCCUGUCCAUGCUAGUCACAGAAUAUGGGAUAUUUAGAAAGAGUGGUAGAGUAUGGACAUUUAGCUAAUUUGUAUACAGUGAUCCGCUCAACUCUAGGUCAUGAGAACUCAAAGAGAUUUAUCUAGCUAUUUCGCCUGAUCUAAAAAGUGCAACUCUUAGCGGUCCACACAGGAGCGACUUGCUUACCAGGAUGCCA